GUAAUGGGAUAGGGGUGGGAUUUUAGGGGACAGGGAAGGGCUGGACUGCACACUGUUGCUCCAGUGACCCUCCACUGUAUUUAUUCAAGCCUCCAGUCUGUCUAAGUUCAACCUUGCACUCAGAGAAGGACUCACUCAACCUGUAAAUAUUAGUCAGAUUUUCGUAAAAGGUCUUCCAUCCUGUCUGAGGACAGGCAGUUUGCAGGACCCGACCCUCCCCAGGAUCGAACCUCAAGCCUGGAGGAGAGCAGCAGUGAGUCCGGCCCCUGGCAGACUGCUAGUCUAGCUGAGUCCUGGGCAUCUUUUAGCGAAAUGGAGCCAGAACUUGGUAGUCUAGAGACCAGUGAGAUGGUCCUAGUUCAAGAGGACCACAGCGAGAACCACUCCUCCACCUCUGACAUCAUCCACCUAGAGGCGGAGCUCCAUCAGAGGGCGGAGUCAGAUGAGGAGGAGGAGCUUCAUAGCAGCGUGCUGAGCAUGAUUGGCAGUGAGCUGGAAGACAUUGGAGCACUUUCUGCAGAUUCAGAUCUCAAGCCUCCACAGACUGUGGAGCUCCUGGUGUCUGUGGAGGAGCCAGUUGUGGAGGAAAUUGAUGCAGAGGUGGCUUCUGAGCCGAUUUUCACUCACACACCACUUCUGUCUGAGCCUUUAGAUUUUACGCUGGCUUCUGUUCCCAUACCUGAAAUCAUAUCACAAGUUUUAGAACAUCUUCCACCCUCCACAUUCACACUCUCAGAGGAACCUCAUGCCUCUGAAUCAGAGUCUAUUAAUGCACCCCGUGUGUCACUGUCAUCUUCAGAAGAGGUUGUUCCAAAGGCAGACCCGCUUUCACCCUUUGAACUCCCUUUGCUGCUGGUUGGUGGCGCCGCCCUGGUGGCGGUACUGGGUAUAUUUGCAUAUACCCUUAUUAGAAAAUAGGAGGACUGUGUACCUCUUGAAUAGUUUCAAAACUGUACAACAAUUCAACAGAUUGUAUUAUUGAUUAUUUGAUAUAAAAAUACAGUGUUAUUAAA